CCAGCUAAUGGGCUACGGGCCUCCCCGGGCCUCGCGGCUGGCGACUGUUGCCUAGGGACGGGCCGGGUUGGACGGGCCGGCGGUGGGUGGCCCGGGAAGCCGGACCCAGGUAGUGACAAGCGGUAGGGAGCGGAUCUGAGAGGCCAGUGACUCCAGGCGAGGCCUUUAGGCGACGGGAGACUCGGUGCCUGUGUCGUUCUGCUGCUGGGGAGAGUCCCCAGAGCCGGCGCAGGAGCUCGGGUUUCCGCCGUGGAGAUCUCGGUAUCCUUUUGGGAAAUUGGAUACUGCUCCGGGACUGCUGAGACAGCCCCCCUCGUUUCUGAAACUCGGUUCCGGUAGCUGGGGGUCACCAGCUAAGGCCCUGCACUCCGGACGCCCUUUUCUGUCGGUAGUUGUCUUUCUGGCCUGGACGGUUAUUGUGUGUGAGGUGGGUGGGGCAGAUAAGGUUUGAGAGAAUGAAGUCCCCGUCGGGGGCUCCUGUCCGCUUGUUUGUUUAAGCUACAGAGGAAGGUUUAGACAGAGAAAGCUUGCAGAAACUUCUGGGGAUUCACCUGGACGCAUUACCUGUGAUCAUUAAUUAAGGACACCAGUGUUUCCCUCUCCUAACUGGAUUGAUGAGACUCCAGACCAACGACUUAAAGUGAUUUGAUUGUAAAUUAUCAACUAGAGUUUUUUGCACAUCAAAACCAGGGAUUGUUUGUGUGGUGACACUUUUUAAAAAAAAAACUGUAUUUAAGUUUUCUGAGCCGGGCGCCUUAGUUCAGAAAAAAGCAAUUUAACAAAAAUGCUGUAAGUCAGUCAGCCAUUAUAAAACUCCAGCGUGUCUGGUGUUUGCUCGAAAGAUUUCCUUUUCGACUUUGAAGGCUUUCCCCCUCCUUAAUAAAGGUUGGAGGAGAAGGGGAUCGUGGUUAUGUAGAGGAAAGGAACCUAAUUGAAGAUAUGGACCUUUAUUCUGUUCAGAUAGAUCUUACGCACAUGUGAAGAUUAUUCACUUUGUCUGUAAGAGACGAUUGCAUAUGUAAUACAGGUGGGUUGUAAUUCCAUACAGUAGGACACUGCUCUACGAAUUCAUUCUAUAUGUGGGAAUUAUAUCAUGUUGAUAUAAUUGAAAUUUGUGAUUUAUCCUCUCAAGAAAAAAAAAUAGGGCCGUCAUACUAUGUUUUGAUCCUGUUCUGUAGGAGUUGAAAUUUGUUGUUCCUAUUAUGCCUUGUUAGCCAUCUCUUAGGAGGUCCUAUUGAUUUUCUUGAAUCUUCUUUCUCUUCAUCUUCAGCAUUACCUUCUUGUUCCAGCCACACUGGUCUCUUGCAUCUAGGGUGCUUAAUUCCCGUAGUUUCUAUGCUAGAGUUGACAUUUUCAAAAUAGAGAUCUGAUCACGAUUGCCUCUUCUCAGUUGUGUUGGAGUAACUGAAAUUCUUUCUUUGUUGUUGUUGAUUUGUUUUGUUCUGCUUUGCUUCUGUGACACAAGGUUUCCCUGUGUAAGCCUUGGCUGUCCUGGAACUCCCUUUGUAGACCAGGCUGGCCUUGAACUCGCAAAGGCCUCUGCCUCCCUGCCAAUGCCCAGCCUCACUCCUGCACAACUGUUUCCCCCCGUAUGUUCGUCUAGCUUCAUGUCUACAGUACCUUUGGCAGUCUUCUUCUUCCCUGUCACUGUGUCCACCGUCUGUUUUCCUGUUCCUCCUCCAGGCACAUGGCUAUUGGUUAUACUUCCUGGAAGUGUCCACAAGAGCCCGGAAAUGUUCUUUUUCCAAACUCCCGGUUAAUGCCUGUUUAUCAUUCAGUCCACUUCAAAUAGUCUUUGAUCGGUAUAGAUCCCCCUUAUUAAGUGUUCUCAGGACACCACUGCAGCUCCCAUAGUCAUGUUUCUCACCUCCUGAUACCGUGUACCUGUUUGUUAACUGAGUGUAUUCACUGAGAGCUUACUAAAUGCACCAGAAAUGGACUGUGUUCUAGAUGUAUCAUCGUCUUUAAUUCCUAUAACAGUCAACUAGGAGGUAUUGGUGACCCCCCACCCCUAUCAUAGAUGAGGAGUUAGACGAGUGUGUGAGUUGGAUUCUCUAAUACAGAAUCAGUAUAUAUUAGACGAGGAUUAUUAGGUUGCCUUCCAUCAUAGGCUGAGGCGGUCCAGCAUUGGCCAUCUGCAUGCUGGAGAGGCCAACCUGGUUACUGUGGAAGACUUUGGGUAUUCGUGGAGGACUGCUUGUCUUCAGUCCACACUGGAAGGCGGAAGAAACUGGGUUCUGCUGUCAGCAAGGAUGGCGUAGUGCUUGAAUAGGUUUGGUCCCCAUGGACUCGUAUGUUUGAAUGCUUGGCCCACAGGGAGUGACACUGCUGGGAGGCGUGGCCUUGUUAGAAUAGCUGUGGCCUUGUUGGAGAAAGUAUGUCACUGUGUGGGUGGGCUUUGAGGGCUCCUAAUGCUCAAGCUCUGCCCAGUGCAGAAGGAGUCAUUCUCCUUCUGGCUGCCUUUGGAUCAAGAUGUAGAACACUGAGCUCCUUCUGGAUUACCAUGUCUGCCUGGACACUGCCACGCUUCCUGCCAUGAUGAUAAUGGACUGAACCUUUGAAACUGUGACUUGAACUACCAAGUACUGCAGCCAUGGAGUCCAUGCUCAAUAAACUGAAGAGUACUGUUACAAAAGUAACAGCCGAUGUCACCAGCGCGGUUAUGGGAAACCCUGUCACUAGAGAAUUUGAUGUUGGGCGACACAUUGCCAGUGGUGGCAAUGGGUUGGCCUGGAAGAUUUUUAAUGGGACAAAGAAGUCAACCAAACAGGAAGUGGCUGUUUUUGUCUUUGAUAAAAAGCUGAUUGACAAAUAUCAAAAAUUUGAAAAGGAUCAAAUCAUCGAUUCUUUAAAACGUGGAGUCCAACAGCUAACCCGGCUACGACACCCUCGACUUCUUACUGUCCAGCAUCCUUUAGAAGAGUCAAGGGAUUGCUUGGCAUUUUGUACAGAACCAGUUUUUGCCAGUUUAGCCAAUGUUCUUGGUAACUGGGAAAAUCUACCCUCUUCAAUAUCUCCAGACAUCAAGGAUUAUAAACUUUAUGAUGUAGAAACUAAGUAUGGUUUGCUUCAGGUUUCUGAAGGAUUGUCAUUUUUGCAUAGCAGUGUAAAAAUGGUUCAUGGAAAUGUUACUCCUGAAAAUAUAAUUUUGAAUAAAAGUGGAGCCUGGAAAAUAAUGGGUUUUGACUUUUGUGUGUCGUCGAGCAAUCCUUCUGAACAAGAGCCCAAGUUUCCUUGUAAGGAGUGGGAUCCAAACUUACCAUCAUUGUGUCUUCCAAAUCCUGAGUACUUGGCUCCUGAGUAUAUCCUGUCGGUGAGCUGUGAGACAGCCAGUGACAUGUACUCCUUAGGAGCUGUUAUGUAUGCUGUGUUUAAUAAAGGGAGACCUAUAUUUGAAGUCAACAAGCAGGAUAUUUACAAGAGUUUCAGUAGACAACUGGAUCAGUUGAGUCGUUUAGGAUCUAGUUCACUCACAAGCAUACCCGAGGAAGUUCGUGAACAUGUCAAACUGUUGUUAAAUGUAACUCCGACUGUAAGACCCGAUGCAGAUCAAAUGACAAAAAUUCCCUUCUUUGAUGAUGUUGGUGCAGUAACUCUUCAAUAUUUUGAUACCUUAUUCCAAAGAGAUAAUCUCCAGAAAUCACAGUUCUUCAAAGGAUUGCCAAAGGUUCUACCAAAGCUGCCCAAGCGUGUCAUUGUGCAGAGAAUUUUACCCUGUUUGACCUCAGAAUUUGUAAAUCCUGACAUGGUACCUUUUGUUCUACCGAAUGUUUUGCUGAUCGCUGAGGAGUGCACCAAAGAAGAAUAUAUCAAAUUAAUUCUACCUGAACUUGGUCCUGUGUUCAAACAGCAGGAGCCAAUCCAGGCUAGCAACAUGAUUUUGUUAAUUUUUCUACAAAAAAUGGAUUUGCUGCUAACCAAAACCCCUCCGGAUGAGAUAAAGAACAGCGUCCUGCCAAUGGUCUACAGAGCUCUGGAGGCUCCUUCAAUUCAGAUCCAGGAGCUCUGUCUAAACAUCAUUCCAACUUUUGCAAAUCUUAUAGACUACCCGUCCAUGAAAAACGCUUUGAUUCCAAGAAUUAAAAAUGCCUGUUUACAAACGUCUUCCCUUGCUGUUCGUGUGAACUCAUUAGUGUGUUUAGGGAAGAUCCUGGAGUACUUGGAUAAGUGGUUUGUACUUGAUGAUAUCCUGCCCUUCUUACAGCAGAUUCCCUCCAAGGAACCUGCAGUCCUCAUGGGGAUUUUAGGUAUUUAUAAAUGUACUUUUACUCAUAAAAAGUUGGGAAUCACCAAAGAGCAGCUGGCUGGAAAGGUACUGCCUCAUCUCAUCCCCCUGAGCAUUGAAAACAACCUCAACCUCAACCAGUUCAGCUCCUUCAUUGCUGUCAUAAAGGAGAUGCUGAGCCGACUGGAGUCUGAGCACAGGACUAAGCUGGAGCAGCUUCACAUAAUGCAGGAGCAGCAGAGGUCUUUGGACAUAGGGAAUCAAAUGAGCACUUCUGAGGAGACAAAAGUCACACCUUCUGGAACUCAGCAGAUUGAUAAAGUCUUUAACAACAUUGGUGCAGACCUUCUAAGUGGCGGUGAAUCAGAAAAUAGAGAAGACGGGCUGCAGGGUAAACAGAAAAGAGGGUCACUAACACUUGAAGAGAAACAGAAAUUAGCGAAAGAACAGGAGCAGGCACAGAAGCUGAAGAGCCAGCAGCCUCUUAAGCCCCAAGUCCACACGCCCAUCGCUCCUGUCAAACAGACUAAGGACUUGACAGACACAUUGAUGGAGAACAUGUCGUCUUUGACCAGCCUUUCCGUUAGCACUCCUAAGAUUUCUGCUUCAAGCACCUUCACCUCAGUUCCCUCCACAGGCCUCAGCAUGAUGUUUUCUACACCAAUUGAUAAUACAAAGAGAAAUUUGACAAAUGGCCUAAAUGCCAACAUGGGCUUUCAGACUUCAGGGUUCAACAUGCCAGUCAAUCCAAACCAGAACUUCUUCAGUGGUACGAGCACAGCUGGUGUGACCACCAUGACUCUGGGAGCACCUCCUACCAUGUCAAACUUCAGCCCUUUGAGUAUUCCUCCUGCUAGUGUGAAGCAGACUCAACAGAGACCACCUGAUAUGUCUGCCCUUAAUAAUCUCUUUGGCCCUCAGAAACCCAAAGUCAGCAUGAACCAGCUGUCCCAACAGAAACCAAAUCAGUGGCUGAAUCAGUUUGUACCUCCUCAAGGUUCUCCAGGCAUGGGCAGUGCAGCCAUGGGCACACAGGUGAAUGUGAUGGGACAGGCUGCCUUUGGUAUGCAGGGCAACCCUUUCUUCAACCCACAGAGCUUCGCACAGCCACCACCAACUACUAUGACCAGUAGCAGCUCAGCUAGCAAUGAUUUGAAAGAUCUUUUCGGGUGAGGUGUCUCUCGCUGCCUUUUGGAGGGUCACUGCAGUUUCAAUCAUGGGAAAGCUGACUUACGUCAGUGUGAGGCUGUCUUGAAGAAACUGCUUCUGUGGGAGAUGGAUUGUUUCUGUGACAGAAAACUCCUGCUUCCAUGCCAGCCAGCGUAGGAGUUGUGUGCAUCCUAACAAGUGGAAGCUUUUAAAGCAUGGAGGAUUUUCUCCCUAUUACAAACUCCUCUUCAGGUUUUUAAAGAUCCAGUCCUUACUAGUCUCAAAGUGCAAAAGGACAGCUGAAUUAUCCUGAAUAGCAGUUUUUAAAUCAGAUGUUUUAUUUUGGCUUGUAAAUCUUCUUGUUAUUAAAAACCUUGAGUUGAUGGUAACUGGAAGUCCCCUUGGUAUCUACCUUCAUAUUCACUUGUCUUCAUUGAAAGGGAAGAGUCUUGAUGCUGUGCUAAUGUGUGUGCAUUUGUAAGAUAGUGGGCGACAACACAGAAAGGAUUGGGUCAUUAUUCGCUUUUCUAGUCUUAUUUUUCAAAGAAAUGUAUGCUUAAUAAAAGCACAGCAAAAUGCUGCAAAAUUUAACUUAUAUUAAUUUCAUUGGUUUAAAAAACAUUAACCAUUCUAAAUGCAAACUAAUCAUUGUAAGUUAUAUUUUAGCAUGAUCUGCCUCAAAUAGCAAUGUAUUUUUCUGCCUUUACUUGAAUAUAUUUAGGCUCACUUUCUUCCCUGUUGUAUCACAGAGGAGCUAUGUACCGAUUUGUACAGAAAACAGACAGAGCACUCGGACACGAUUUUCUCAACUACUGCCUUCAUACUUGAUUUUCAGUUCAAACUUCUGAGGAUGCGGCAUAUAUGAAUUACAUUUUCGAAAGGAGAUUUGUUAAAAAUUUAGUUAAGCUAUAUUUAAUGAGUAACUUUUGAGAUUUCUGCCAUAUUGUUUCAAUAUAGUAAAGUCUAAAAAUGAGCAAGCCAUUGGCUACCAUCAGGUUCGAUGUUAGCUUGCCGUGAUGCCUGACCUCGCUAGUUACUACUACAGUUGAAUUCUUUUCUAGACGUCCCAGAAACUUUGUUUGGACAUUUAGUGUCUGUAAUCAGCCACUGUUAGGAAGGAAGGAGUCAAUUCUAAUAGGCCACACCUCACUUUUUGGAACCGUUCUGAUGUCUGUCGUUAACUUGCUGAUUCUACCACAGAGCCUUAUGCUAUAGACGUCAUUUGUAUUUUUAAAAAGUAUACUCCACUGUUAUGUGAUAAUUAUAAAACUCCUAAAAAAACUCUGUAUGUAUUAUAGUUGCUGCCAUACAGUUUGUGGUUUUUAAUUAUCUGGAACCAGCAAUCCUUAAAUAAAUCAUAUGAAGUUUA